UUUUCUAUAUCUAUUCAUCACCUAUAAAUGUUUUCUCAAUGAUCAAAGCCGCCACAAAUCUCAAAUCUUAAAACAUAAAAAACAUGUCUGUCUAUGAGGGAAGACCAUUGGUGAUGGAAAUGGAAAGCAACAAAGAAGAUUUUGAAGAGAUCAACGGGUAUGGAUGCGGGUGCGGAUGGUUCAGAGUGUUCACCUCGAAAUGGUGGCAACGCCACGAUGAAGAAGGUAAAAACCUACUUGAUGAAGGAAAUAGAGGAGAAGAGACAUGGAUGAUGGAGAAGUUGAGGAACAUGAAGGAAACUUCAGAAGUGAUUGCUGGUCCUAAGUGGAAAACUUUUAUUAGAAAAAUAAGUGGAUAUGGGAAAAAACAACAAAAGAAUAGGUUUCAAUAUGAUGCACAUAGUUAUGCUCUUAAUUUCAAUAGUGGUCCUCAAAGUGAAGAUGAAGAAUAUUUGCCUCCAAGUUUCUCUACAAGGUUUUCUAAUCCUUUUCCAGCUGCUUCACGUCGCCAAAAUGAAACAUGAUAAUUAAUAUAUGUAAUAAUGUUCUUGUAUUUUACAAACAUGUUAAUUUAAUUCAUUCAUUAUAAUUCUAUGUUUUAUACCUCUUCAAGAUG